CCUGAAAAGUGGUUGAUUGAACAUCCGCUGAGCUGACGCUCGAGUCUGACACCUGGUCCUGAGCGACUGGCGUGUGGCCAGCGUCACCUUAAAAAGAAUGUGGCAACCCGUAGCAUCACCUGCAACUGGAGGCAGCCCCGGGAGGGAGAUAGGUUAUGGUCACUACUCUACAGGGCCGAUGAGUACAGCUCACAUCCAUCCUCCGUCGAUGGGCGGCAUGGUGGGCCACCCGUCAGUCAUCAGCACCUCCAGGCCGCUGCCGUCCUCCAUGUCCACGCUGGGCUCGCCGAUGAACGGCCUGGCAUCGCCCUACCCCGUCAUCACGUCGUCUCUGGGCUCCCCGUCGGUGUCGCUGCAGUCGACUCCCAACAUGAACUUCGGACCGCUCGGUAGUCCACAGAUGAACUCUAUGAACAGUGUGAGCAGCUCGGAGGACAUCAAGCCUCCGCCGGGCCUGCAGAGCAUGGGAAACAUCAACUACCAGUGUACGAGCCCGGGGGGGAUGUCAAAGCACAUCUGCGCCAUUUGUGGAGACCGUUCCUCAGGAAAGCACUACGGUGUGUACAGCUGUGAAGGAUGCAAAGGCUUCUUCAAGAGAACCGUCCGUAAAGACCUCACCUACACGUGUCGAGACAGCAAGGAGUGCCUGAUCGACAAGCGCCAGAGAAACCGCUGCCAAUACUGUCGCUACCAGAAGUGCCUGGCGAUGGGCAUGAAGAGAGAAGCGGUGCAGGAGGAGAGGCAGCGGGGGAAGGAGCGAGGGGAGAACGAGGUGGAGUCUACCAGCAGUUUUAACGAGGACAUGCCCGUCGACAAGAUCCUGGAUGCUGAGUUGGCUGUGGAGCCCAAAACAGAGACGUACAGCGACGGCAGCCCUGGAAACUCGACCAAUGAUCCCGUCACUAAUAUCUGCCAAGCAGCAGACAAGCAGCUCUUUACUUUAGUGGAGUGGGCCAAGAGGAUCCCGCACUUCUCCGAACUCCCCCUCGACGACCAGGUCAUCUUACUACGAGCAGGCUGGAACGAGCUGCUCAUCGCUUCUUUCUCGCAUCGCUCAGUCACGGUUAAAGACGGCAUCCUGCUGGCAACAGGUCUGCACGUCCACAGGAGCAGCGCCCACAGUGCAGGAGUGGGAUCCAUCUUUGAUAGAGUCCUGACAGAGCUGGUAUCUAAAAUGAAGGAUAUGCAGAUGGACAAGACGGAACUGGGCUGCCUGCGAGCGAUCGUCCUCUUUAAUCCAGACGCUAAAGGUUUGUCAAACCCGCCGGAGGUCGAGGGUUUAAGGGAAAAGGUCUACGCUUCGCUGGAGUCGUAUACGAAACAGAAGUACCCAGACCAGCCUGGCAGGUUUGCUAAACUGCUGCUCCGCCUUCCUGCCCUUCGCUCCAUCGGCCUCAAGUGUCUGGAGCAUCUGUUCUUCUUCAAGCUAAUCGGCGACACACCGAUCGACACCUUCCUGAUGGAGAUGCUGGAGGCUCCGCAUCAGAUCACAUGACAGCAGUCUCCCCCUUCCCCCUGUACAUACUCCCACUGCCAGCGAUAUGAAGAUGGAAUUAAACAAAAAGAGACUUGAUUGAAAUUGUAAAACGACAUAUUUUGUACCAAGAAAAAGGAAAAAAACAACCAUGUAAUUAAAAUUUUAAAACGAUAUUUUAAGGAGCAGGCGUGAGACGGAGUGCGCUGUCAAAAUGAAUUCUAAUAGAGCUGUUAACAGAUUUUUGUAAAUAGAUAAUUUCAGGUGUUUGUUUUAAAAGCCACGCAAUGCAAUUUGACAAAGAAUCAUAUUUUAUUCAGAGGAAUUGUAUAAAAAAAAACAGAAACCAACCCUGCAUUUCUUAAAACGCAUUUGAGAAUUCUUACAGAAUAAAGUUAUUUAAAAUGAAA